UGUAUGUAUAUAUGUGUUAGUGUGUGUAAGGUACAACAAUAACCGCAGCAACAAGCGUCGCCACUCAGUCAUCACCGCGGAUCGUGUCCGGCGUUAAUUUCUGACUAAGAUUACCUCACAGCACAAUCGCAAUUGGAACGUGCGGCGCUGUGGUGCGGCACGCAGGGGUGCAUUUCACGGUUCGCGUAGUUAGAAUUUACCGAUUCCGACGACCGACGAUUGUCUAUGCUUACGGUGGUGUGCCUAAUUUGUUUGUUAUUGUGUUUUGCCUUUAAUUUGUUUUUUUUUUUUGCGUGCCCACAGUGUUGUGAAAAAAUAGCAUUAUGUGGAAAUAUUAAAAAAUAAUACUAGUGAAUGAAAAAAUUAAAUCUAGUAAGUGACUCGGAUACAAACCAUAAAACUGCGUCUCUGUACAAAGUUUGCUCUCCUCUACAGUGGCAAUAUAGCGCCCGCUUAGUCAAGCCCUGCAACGCGUACUUACUUACCUGACCGCCGCUGUACCAGCAGCCAGCCCACCUGACAGUCGCAAACGCUCUUGUACACACUCGCUUGCGUUCGCUGCACUCUCGCUCUUGUGUUCGCCAAAGCCACCACCGUUAUUUUAGUGCAUUGGCGGCGCGCUGCUUAUCAAUGCGCGCUUCAAUGCCGUCAAUUAAAAAAAACGCCAUUCAAAUUUGUUGUCACCGCAAUGCCAAACGCUUUUAAGCGCUACAACAACAACAACAGCAAUAAUAAUAAUACAAAUUGUUUAUAGAAAGUCGGUGGAAAGGCUGAGAAGACGCGCGCAAACACAAAUCCAUCGCUUCGCUCAACCGAGUGCGCCUCUUUUUUAUGUAAAUACCCUACUUAUGGUACAUACAUAUGCGUUUGAAUGUAUCCGUGUGUGCGCUUUUGUAAAUUAAUUUUAAGUGCAUAAAUUGUUUUUUUGCGUUGUUGUUUUUUUGUGUUUUUCUGUUUUUUUUUUUUGCUGUUGAAAAUGCAUACCCGCAUUCGUGCACCGUCUUUGCCGCAACUUUGCUCUGCGCACACACCACCCUCCACGCCCUGCACGCCGCCCAUCUAUGGCAGCGUUGGCAACUUCGCCAACUUUGGCAACUCGAGCAUGGCGCUGCAUUCGCCGUUCUCAACGUCGUCAAUCUCGCUAUCGCCUAAAUUCCCAGCGAAUUAUGUCAGAAGCGAAAAGAUAAAGCUCAAAAAAGUGCUCGGCCUCACAGUUUGCAGCAAUGCCGCCUUGGAUGUUUCGCCCGUUAGCGGUCUCUUGGCCUAUCCAGCAGGCUGCACUGUGGUCCUGUUCAAUGCGAAACGCCAAACACAGGCCUACCUGGUCAACACAUCCCGCAAACCAUUCACAUCGGUCGCAUUCUCACGCUGCGGCCGUUAUGUCGCCACCGGCGAGUGUGGCAUCAAUCCCGCCAUCAAAGUUUGGGAGCUAGACUCGCCGAAUGGCAACCUCGAGCACACCACCGGCGGCAAUGUGGUGGCGGAAUUCUUCGAUCACAAAUAUGCCGUCACAUGUGUGGCCUUCUCACCCACCGGCAAGUACCUGGUAUCGAUCGGUUCACAACACGAUAUGAUUGUGAAUGUAUUCGACUGGCGGUCGAAUCAAAAGAUGGCCUCGAAUAAAAUCAGCUCCAAAGUGUCGGCGCUAAGCUUUGCCGAGGAUGGCAGCUACUUUGUCACAGUGGGCAAUCGUCAUGUCAAAUACUGGUAUAUGGAGGGUGGACGCAGGUACAAGGAUCCCAUACCGUUGAUGGGUCGCAGUGCCAUAUUGGGUGAUUUGCGUGACAAUGACUUUUGUGCGGUCGCCUGCGGCAAGGAUGAGACUAAGGAUCGCACAUAUGCCAUUACCCGACAGGGUCAUUUGGUUGAGUUCAGUUCACGCCGUUUGUUGGACAAAUGGGUGCAGUGUCGUACGACGAGCGCCAAUUGUCUAACCGUGAAUGCGCGCUUCAUACUCGUCGGUUGUGCCGAAGCCAUUAUACGCAUUUUUAAUGCCGCCACAUUGGAAUAUGUGACGACAUUGCCGCGUACACAUUAUCUGGGUGUGGAUGUGGCGCAGGGUAUACAUAUCAAUCACAUCAUGACUGUACCACCGCAUGCCAAAUAUCCGGAUUGUGUGGCGAUGGUUUAUGAUGAGCAGCGAUCGAAGGUCAGUUGUGUGUACAAUGACCAUUCGCUCUAUAUUUGGGAUAUGCGGGAUAUAAAACGUGUGGGCAAAUCGCACUCUUUUCUCUAUCAUUCCACCUGCAUUUGGGGCGUGGAAACUGUGCCAUACAAUAUGGAGCGCGAAUUGUCGGACACACUGCCCGAAGAGUCGUUUGUCACGUGCUCCUCGGACGAUACGAUUCGCGUGUGGGGUCUCGAUGGCUGCACAAACACGGAAAAUUAUCGUAAAAAUAUCUACUCCAAGGAACUGUUAAAAAUUAUGUACAUCGACGAUGAAAUGAAUUUUAUCAAGGAUCAAGAUCUUUCGGGCGAUAAAAACUCCAAUACCGCCUAUGACGGUCGCAAUGGUGUACGCUGCAUACGAAUUAGUCCGGAGUUGCAGCAUUUGGCCAGCGGCGAUCGUUGUGGCAACAUAAGAAUCUAUAAUUUGGCGAACACAAAGCUCAUCAUGACAAUUGAGGCACACGAAUCGGAAGUGCUGUGUCUUGAGUAUUCGAAUGAGAAGAUCGAGCGGAAGUUGUUGGCGAGCGCGAGUCGUGAUCGUCUAAUACACGUAUUCGAUGUGUCACAAGAUUAUUUGCUGCUGCAGACAUUGGACGAUCACUCGUCCUCCAUAACAUCGAUCAGAUUUGUGGGAUCCGGUCUCAAUUUCCAAAUGAUUUCUUGUGGUGCCGACAAGUCGAUAAUGUUCAGAACAUUCCAGGGCAACAUUUUCCUGCGCGGCACAAAUACCUCCGGCAAAACAACGUUGUAUGACAUGGAAGUGGACUCAAAUGCCAAACACAUACUCACCGCCUGCCAAGAUCGCAAUAUACGCGUCUAUGGCACACAAAACGCCAAACACACAAAAACCUUCAAGGGUUCACACUCGGACGAGGGUAGUUUGAUUAAGCUCAGCCUCGAUCCCAGCGGCAUUUAUGUGGCCACCUCGUGCACAGAUAAAACGCUUGCAGUCUACGAUUACUAUUCCAAUGAGUGUAUGGCACGCAUGUAUGGCCACAGUGAGUUGGUUACUGGGCUCAAAUUUACCAACGACUGUCGUCAUCUCAUUUCGGCUAGUGGUGAUGGCUGCAUUUUUGUGUGGCAAGUGCCACACGAUAUGAUUGUCACAAUGCAAGCGCGUCUCUCACAACAGCGACUACGUUCUGGUCAUGCGCCGCUACCACCACGUCCCGGUUCAAUUAUCGCCACGCCGGAGGGCAUCAUAGUCGAGUCGCCAACACAUGAAAUGGAAGAAACAGCAACACCACACAAAUUCAUCGCAUCGCCGUCAAUGUUCACCGAGGAGCCGGCACUGACGCCGGGCUAUAAAUUUUCGGACGUUGGUCAAUUACCGCAGUGGGCGAAGCGAAAGGCUGCGGCAAAUGCUGAUGAGAGCGUUGGCGUGUCCAUACCUGGCUCAACCGUCUCCGCCAUGCAGUCUGCCUCGUCAACAUCCAAUUUGAGUUCAUCACCUAGCCAAUUAGGUGUUGGUGGUGUGCCGCGUGCGCGUGGCCGUUGGGCGCAACGUGGACCAUUCGAUCCGGACGAUUUGCGUUCGAAUUCGGAAAGUCCUUUGGGCACUAUAACUUCGAGCGUUGGUGGUAUGGGCGGCGUGGGUGGUGGUGUUGGUGUCGUUGUGAGUGGCGGUGGUAUGGGCAAUACACAAACAUCCGACUACAAUAGCGCAUCGUCCAAGGACAUUAUGUAUAACCAGACUUACCUCAGUGAAGAUUCGUCAAUUGACUCCGGCAUGGAAACGCGUCGUGAACUGAAAUUCAUUGGCAGCAAUAAUAGCGGUACAGUGCCUGCGGUGACCGGCAGCAAUGGUGGCACAGCGGCCAAUCGCUUGGCACCUGAGAAACGGAAGCCCGGUUUACGUUUCGAUCCACAAUCCAAUGAGCAUGAUGGUGAUGUCGAGGAUAUUUCGGAUGGCGAACGCACCAGUUCAGAUCACGGCAUGUUCUACAACAACAUAUCGCCCAGCACGCCAACUGACUUCAAAGUGACCGCCAUGAAUGAGGAUGAACUGCGCAAAUCGAUGCGUAGACAGAAAUUUGAUAAAGCCGGUCUGACACUGCCCGGCAAUGGCAGCACACACACCGCCAGCACUGGUACCGGCACUGGCACCUCGGACACCGAAGACGAAGGCUCAACACCGAGCGCUGAGAAUGCCGAGCGUUCGCUAGCGUCCACCUUGGGCGGCAGCUCGGAGAGUAUACCACAAGCGGCAAGCAGUUUCCUGCAGGCCGCCUUGCCCGAGGGUCCUGGCAGCAUGCUAGAGCGCGGCAGCACAAAUCGACGCAGUAUUAGUGCCAAACAUAAUACAGAGAACGGUAAGCCUGUUUCCAGCGCGUCCACUAUCACCAAGUCGUUCACCAGCACGAAGAAGGACGAGCUGCUGAAGGUGAUAAGCGAAGUCAAACAGCAAUUGGAAAAUGGCGCACGUAAAAAUGGAGUUAAGAGGUUGAAUGCAAUACCGGAGGUCGGCUAUCGCUCGCUGCGUGGCAGUCAUAGCAUUUCGGAUCUAAGUCUAGCGGGCAAUAUGGAUAAUGCUUCGAGAUCGGCGGCUGCCGCUAAUCGUUAUGCAAAGACAGCUCCUCUUAAUGAACCCCCACAGUACGCUAGCUAUUAUAACUCCCCAUUACAACAACAAACAUUACCGACACCACAAAAACAGCAACAGAUGCCGCCACAAACGCAACAAAUGUCUGCGCAACGACAAUUCCAAACUUCACCACAGUAUCCAACUUAUCCACGUUCACCGCUCCAACAAUCGUUUAGUCAAGAACAACAACAGACACCACAACAUUUCUUCAAUUGCGCUGCAUCGCGUUCGGUGCUGCAACAAAGCUGUCAAGCUAUGCGUCAAGUACAACAACACUAUCCACCAUAUCCACAUCACGUGGGUGUACACCAAAUACAUCCACCGCCUGGCGUACCCUUCAUGGCGCCCAAUGCGCGCAACUCCACACCACGCACGCAAGCGCAACAUAGCGGCAAACAGUCGGCGGGUGCUUUCAAUAGCUCGACGCUGCCCGCGCAAGGUCAGCAUACGCGCGUCAAACGCAAUCCGGCGGGCAAUGCGCGUCGCACGCCCAGCAUACUGAAGCAUUACAAAUCGUGCCCGGUAUCGCCGGUGCACGAGGAGGUCGAAUGGUCGGCGGAUAACAAGAGCAGCAUCAUAAUAACCGAACCGAAGCGCCACUCGGUAUACGCGGAAGAUGCGCGCACCAUACUCGACAUGAUACAGGCCGAUACCGAGAAGAUGAUCGAGGAGAUACAGAAAAAGUAUGGUGAUCUGGAUGAUAUCGGUGUCGAUUUAUAUGACGCCAAAUUGGGCGGACGCUAUUCGCAACUUGUGACUUCACAAUCGGUGCCAUCCUGUCUUUCACCACCUGUGUAUGCGACAGGCAGGCAGCCGCCUUUAGUAGCACCCACAGCUGGGCCGCACCUCACACAUACGCUACCCUAUCAAAUGCACUCACCCGGCGCGCUGACACCGCCAAAGCGUGCAGUGUCCGAGUACUAUAUCUAUCAGGAAUUUUAUCAGUGUCAUCGUAAUGUUUCGCUCUCGGAUAUAUUGGCGCCUGAACAGCAGGCAGAGACGCGACGCAUCGAGGAAGCGCGUUUUCUCGAAACACAGCGGCACUCAAGCGCCAGUUUCUUUCUCACUUCACAAUUUGGCGAGCGCAAGAGUCAGGAGUCGCUGCUUUCCGAUGAGUUUCUGGAUGAAGGCAGCUACUGCAACAGCAUGGAGAGCAUACUCUCGGAUGAAAGCGAUUGCAAGAGCGCGCCUAUGGAAACGCAAGUGCAACGUCAUGCUGGCAUACGCAACUUCAUUUUGCAUGGCCCGGUGAGCGCCGCGGCUGCCAACACCACACAACUGGUGACCAAGUCGUACGGUUCCAGUCCAAAUGCUUAUGGCAGCUUUGAUUACUACAUGCAACAGCGUAAUAUGCAGCAUUCGCCGUUGCCUUAUGAGAGCUUUGAUGUGUCCAGCUAUAAUUUGGAGAAUUUCAAAACCGAAAGUGUGCGCACCAAAACGCCAAUAUUGCAGAAGAAACUGCCCAACUCGAAAACAUAUCCACGAAUCGCUGACACGCCGAGCCGCACAGCUGUCGGCGUCAAAGCGGAAGAUAUACCGACGCUCAGCUCUAAGAAUAAGCAAUACAAUUCGGGUGUCAACAAGAGUCUGAGUCAGGACUUUGCGCAACAGCGUCUACAACGCACCACCAAUCCGCUACAAAUGGAGCGCAACACUUACGAUGACAAGCUCUUCACAAAGAAGACGGUGAAACCGAAACCACCCGUGCCAGCAAAGCCGCAAAAUCUCGUCUCAACACUCACGUCCACUGUAGAGACGGCGCAUGCUAGCAGCGCGCCUAAGUACUGCGCCUUCGAUGUGGACACCACCGAUGUGCGCUGUCAGUCGCGCACCGCCAGCGUCGUGCGUAAAUUCGAGCGCAACCUACAAAAAUUCGAGCGCGAAAAGCAAGCCGAGUUGCAAACCAAGAAAGCGAGCGGCAUGCGCCCAUCUGUGAGCAGUGGCGCGCUCACCACACACAGUUGUUUGAAGAAAGUAUCGAAAUUCGAUACGAAUGUCAAGAAUGCGCCAGCAUCGCGACGCGCAACAAGCAUGCGAACGCGCGGUCGCCCCAAAGUAGCGGUGCGCUUCAAUACAGUCUCACAAAUCAAGUACACGCCCAGCGAGAAGCGCUCGUCCUCAUGCAGCAGCGGCAGCACCGCGUCCGCCUAUUCUGCCUGCGCGACAAUGGAGCGUGAAACCGCCACGUGUCCGCUAAACGAUAUCAAUCGCAAUGUCGAGUCACCACCGCCCAUUGUAGGCAGUCUGCCAAGCGAUUAUGGUGGUGAGCGCUCCUUCGAAAUGUACAUAGCCGAAAAUGGUAAUGAACAUGAAAAUAUGAAUAUGGACAGUCUAAAAUUAUACACCAAACCCGAACUGCAAGCAGUCGUCGACGAGAUACAGCAGGAGCGCGAACGCGAUGCCAAGCAUAAAAAGAAUAUGGCCAAUGUGGAGAAGACAACGGCCGCCGAUACGACUACCAGUAAUCAGUGUAAAAAUAUUGCCAAAAAAAUCGAUAUCAUACAAAAAUUAAUCGAAAUGGAAGAGCGCAAGCUGGAGCAAAUACGCAUUGCCACCGAGUCGCGCAUGCGUCCCUUCGAAUGCAACUCCAAGCAGAAGGGUUAUGUGAAGAGUUUAACGAUGAACUUCGAUAUGCUCGCCAAAGGUAUCGAGAAGGACAUCGAGAAUGAGCAACGGCGCAUACGUGCCGACAGUAAUGAUGCGGAUUUGUGCGCCUAUGCGCGUCACAUCAAGCGCAAUAUUAGUUUGCCCGAUGUGCUAGAGCGCACCGAUCUCUUUGGCAAGUCGCCGCCGGCUGCGCAGUCCUCCUCGACAGAUGAGGAUGAAGUUGAGCUGGCGAAGGAGGUGAAGGCCGACUCGGAUGUGGAGGCGGCCGACGAUGUGGUCGAACAUGAGAGCGAGAAGAUGCGCAUUGAUUUCGAUGAAAAGGAUCGAGGUUUGCUGCGCAAUCCAAAGAGUCUGCUUCCAAUGCCAGUCGAAGACUCCUCUAUGCGGCGCUCUUGUUCGCUUAGCGACUUGCAUAUGGGAAAUCUUGGCAAAUCGGGCAAGUCAAACGGCAGUCAAUUGAAAAACCCCGGUGUGGUUUAUCGCAACAGUACAACAACCAGAUCGGCGAAUAAGCGCAAUAGUUUGCAGCUGAAGAGCUCUGCUGUCGGUUUGGGUGCAUCGAGUUCAUCCAUUGGUGUGCUAAAUCAAGCGAGCGAUUCUGAAAACGAAGACAGCAAUCGUGGCCGAAGCAGUGGCAAUAACCAAACUCGCAGCAAUGGUCCCACAGCCGCCAAUCGUCAGUAUGCCAACAAGAAUUCGAAUGCCAACAACAAUCGACGAAAAGGCUUGCAGCCUAAUUUCAGUAAUGCCGCGCCACUGCAAGAUGACUCCAGCUCCGAGGAGACACCCGCCGGCACGUCCAACUCCAAACCAAUAGUGCCACCACGCCCGCGCAAUUUAACAUUUGAUCACAAGAGCAAGGUGCUCAACAGUCCGAAUGUGAUGAAGCAGCGUGGCGCAUUUGAGGCGCCCGAAUUUGGCGCACUGGAUGCCAGUGAUCCGAAAUCACAAGUGCACAAUGUGAUCAACAAUUUGUAUACAACAACACAAACAGUCAUGCAACUGCAUGCGAAUCUGAAGAAUUGUGAGGACUCACUGAUGCUAAAGGAACUGGAGAACGCUGUGAUUAUGACACAAAACAUGCUGACAAACAUUACACAAAACAAAAACGACAAAAACAAUUCACAACAUAGUCACGCCUACACAACCACUGAACAGGCGAAUCUAGACAACGGCGACUACCUAAUGAUGGUGAACAAUUGCGCCGAUCUUUUAAGCAAUUUCCGUAUGAAGCACAAACUCGAUGACUGUGAGAAUAACUCCUAGUGUAGUAAUAGUGGCACUAGAAGCACUGGCGGAGCAUCCAGCACAUAAGCAUAAGAAAGCAGGAAAAAUUAAGAAAACAUAUAGCAGCAGAAUUAAAAUUGAUAAAAAAAAAUGGAAAAAACAAUGGCAGCCAAACUAAUAAGUGAAAUUAAACGCAAGAAGAAAUGAAAUGAAAGUGAGAAAGCGAGCAAACGAAAGCGAUAAGCAAGUGUCUGAAUGUGUCAACUCCAUUUUGGAGCUCUACUAAUAAGCAUACUAAUAAUAAUAAUAAUACUAAAAUUAAUGAGUUAUGUAAGCUAAAUAAAUUUCUUAGUAUUAUGUCCUUAGAAUUUGUAAGCGAAAAAGUGCAACAUUGCAGUGCGUUGUAUGUGUAAUUGUAGACUUUAAUUAAUUUCACUUCAACUGAAGCGCUGUAAUUGUAACGAGACACCAACAACUAAUAUUUAAUAAACAAUAAAAAAAACUAAAAAUAUGAAAACAAUACAAAAUAGGCCUAAAAUAUAAGUGAAAAGCAUAAUUCAAGGCGCACAUGCGCGCUGUGCAAAAACUAAAAGCGAGUAAAAUAAAAAAGUGAUUUGCUUAUUACACACACAUACAUACAUACUUAUUUACUGGCUUGCAAACAGAAAAGCAAAAGUUGUGUAUAAACUAAGUUAAUUUUUUUUAACAUUUUUUUGUGAAAUUAAAAACGACUAACUGUCAUAUUCUGCCUUAUUUAAUUGCACACACACACAGAGACACGCAUACACGUACAUAAAAGUUUGUUUGUUGUGCGAUAGACAUGUAACUGUACGCAAUGGCUUAGUGAGUUUGUAAUUUGUUUGUUAAGUUUGCCGCUGUUUGUAUAUGUAUUUGUAAGUUGUAAGUUUUGUUAAGCGUUUAACCUUAAGUUUAAUGCUAUUUAGUUAAAUUUAUACUCUAAUACACACAUACAUGUUUGUAGUAUAUGGUAUGUACACACAAAUAACGGUAUCUGUUUAGAAUAAAUAGUUGUGCGUUCGUAAAGGCGUACGCUUACCGUCGUGUGGGGAAUCACUGAUGGCUGUAGGCAGCGCCCAUCACACAUACACACCCACAACUACACAUUUAAGCGCGUUUACGUUUAAAUUCCGAUUUGUGUUAAUUGCCUUUACACUUGUAAAGUUAAGUUAAGCCUAAGUUAAGUUUAAGUGGUAAUUGAAAUUUGUUCACAAGCUGUGGGAAGUCGUAGUUAGUUGUAUAUGUGAUUGCUGUAAGAAAAAAUGAGCGCAAAAAAAUGAGAAAGGCUCAGCAAAAAAAAAAA